CCCGGCUACAAAGCCUGUGACUGUGAGUCUGAGGUUUUUAUCUUCGCCCGCCCCUUUAAACCUCAAAUCAAAAACCCAAUUUUCUCUGCCCGAAAAGACAAGAUUUUGAAAGCGAAAUCAGGAGUAGAAACCCAUAUAUGAAUGGCCCUUCUUCUCAAGCCAAAUAGCUCUCUCAAACGAAUGGCCGCUCGUUUUUUCACUUACUCGUCUUCUUCCCUUCAUUCUUUUCAUUCCCAUGGACACUCUAAUUUCAACCUCUCCUCUUCUUUUUCUCUCUCACGACCAUCUUUCAUACUUCUUAGUAACAGAGCAUGUGAUAGGUUGAAAAAGGUAUCUAGCAAGAAUUCAGCAUGGAAUGCAUUCGCUCCCACAGCAUUCAUGUCAUCAAGCAUCAGCACCGAGGCUGUUCGUGAAAGUAAAGUUUCCAAAGAAUAUGGGUCGGAGCAGAUCCAGGUAUUGGAAGGGUUAGACCCUGUAAGGAAACGGCCUGGCAUGUAUAUUGGCAGCACUGGAUCCCGUGGUCUGCAUCAUUUGGUGUAUGAAAUAUUGGAUAAUGCCAUUGAUGAGGCGCAAGCUGGAUUUGCUUCAAAGAUCGAGGUCAUUCUACUUGCAGACAAUUCAGUGAGCAUCACUGACAAUGGGCGUGGGAUCCCAACUGAUAUGCAUCCAACAACAAAAAAGUCUGCUUUGGAGACUGUCUUGACGGUUUUGCAUGCAGGUGGGAAGUUUGGUGGUUCAAGUAGUGGUUACAGUGUAUCAGGUGGACUACAUGGUGUCGGUUUAUCAGUUGUUAAUGCACUGUCGGAGGCCCUUGAAGUUACAGUAUGGCGCAACGGCAAGGAGUAUAAGCAGAAAUACUCCCAUGGAAGGCCUGUCACAAAAUUAGUCUCUCGUGAGCUCCCAACUGAUAUGAGGGAUCAUCAAGGGACUCGCAUACAUUUUUGGCCGGAUAAAGAAGUAUUCACGACAGCAAUUGAGUUUGAUUACAACACAAUAUCUGGGAGAAUCAGGGAGCUUGCUUUUCUCAAUCCUGAGGUUACAAUUGCACUAGAGAAGGAGGAUGCAGACCCAGAGAAGAGACUGUAUAAUGAGUACAGCUAUGCUGGAGGAUUAAUUGAAUAUGUAAAGUGGCUUAAUGCUGAUAAGAAACCUCUCCAUGAGGUCGUGGGGUUUAGAAAAGAAUCAGAGGGUAUAUCAAUUGACCUAGCACUUCAAUGGUGUUCCGAUGCAUAUUCAGAUACAUUGUUGGGAUACGCAAACAGCAUUAGGACAGUUGAUGGUGGCACUCACAUUGAUGGUGUGAAAGCUUCAUUAACAAGAACACUCAACAACCUGGGGAAGAAAUCCAAAGUCAUUAAGGAGAAGGAUAUUAGUUUAAGUGGUGAGCACGUCAGAGAGGGACUGACUUGCGUGAUAUCUGUCAAAGUUCCGAAUCCUGAGUUUGAAGGACAAACAAAGACGAGAUUAGGAAAUCCAGAGGUCAGGAAGGUUGUUGAUCAAGCUAUUCAAGAAUAUCUUACUGAGUACCUGGAGUUGCAUCCAGAUGUCCUUGAUGCGAUUCUUUCAAAGUCCCUCAAUGCUCUCAAGGCAGCUCUAGCAGCAAAGAGGGCCAGGGAGUUGGUGAGACAAAAGAGUGUUUUGAAAUCAUCAUCUCUUCCGGGCAAGCUUGCUGAUUGUUCUGCUACUAAUCCUGAAGAAUCUGAAAUAUUCAUUGUUGAGGGGGAUUCAGCUGGUGGGAGUGCUAAGCAAGGUCGUGAUCGGCGCUUUCAGGCUGUGCUUCCUUUGAGGGGUAAAAUUUUGAACAUCGAAAGGAAGGACGAAGCUGCUAUGUACAAAAAUGAAGAGAUUCAAAAUCUUAUUCUUGGUUUGGGACUUGGAGUGAAGGGUGAAGAUUUUCGAAAAGAUUCUCUCCGUUAUCAUAAAAUCAUAAUUUUAACAGAUGCUGAUGUUGAUGGUGCUCACAUAAGAACACUGUUACUGACCUUCUUCUUUAGGUAUCAGAGAGCUUUAUUUGAUGAAGGUUGUAUCUAUGUUGGUGUUCCACCCUUAUAUAAGGUUGAGAGAGGGAAGCAAGCAUAUUACUGUUUUGAUGAUACAGAACUUAAAAGACUUCAGAAUUCUUUUCCAGCAAAUGCAUCAUACAACAUCCAGAGAUUUAAAGGCUUGGGGGAGAUGAUGCCUUCACAGCUGUGGGAGACAACCUUGAAUCCAGAGACUCGACUUCUGAAGCAAUUGAAAGUAGAAGAUGUAGCAGAAGCCAGUGUUGUUUUCUCCUCCCUCAUGGGAGCCCGAGUCGAUGUCAGGAAGGAACUCAUUCAGAAAUCUGCUAGUGUUGUCAAGCUUGAUCAACUUGAUAUAUGAACGACGCUUUUCACAAUGAGGAAUAUUCAUACUUGGGGGAUUUGCAGAGAGUAAGGUCAGAUGCAUCUUUCAACAAUUGGCAAAAUCUUGAAAAAUGGCCCUACCAGGAAAGGUUGUUAACUUGAUCGGAUUCAUCUGAGGAAUCUCCAUUUGGAAAAGCUGCCAAAAUUUCUGAGAUGAGAACCACUCAAUCUUUGUGCUUGGUUGCUCUCUUUUCACUCUCAGCCCUGAGCUUAACUAUUGUUGUAUUUAUUAUUUUCACAUACAGUAGAUGUAGUAGGUAAGUAGAUACAACUGCACUCUUGAUUGGUUCCAUAGAGUUAAAAAGAUUAGCUAGGAAUCAGUCGGCACUUCUUGUCAAUCUGAGACUGUAAUCUUAACCACAGAUAAUGACUUGUUUGUGACUCCCCUGUGAGGAUCAAGCUUUUAAAUACCAUUAUUGAAUUCCCUUGCUCUUAA